CGCCCGCCGGCGGGCUGGGCCGGAGCAUGUGCAGCUGCGGCAGCACCUGGCAGGGAGCCGCAGCGCCGGGGAUGUGAACCAGGCGGGGAGGAAGGCCCUUGACUCAUCAGAUAAAUCCAGCCCCGCACGGCGAGCGAAGGCGGAGGAGGCGCGGCGGCGAGCAGGGGAGGAUGGCGGGGGACAGCGAGCAGCGGCUGGAGGAGCAGGGGCAGCCCAGCGGCGGGGAGCCCUUUCUCAUCGGGGUCAGCGGCGGCACGGCCAGCGGCAAGUCGUCAGUGUGCUCCAAGAUCGUCCAGCUGCUGGGCCAGAACGAGGUGGACUAUCGCCAGAAGCAGGUGGUGAUUGUGAGCCAAGACAGCUUCUACCGGGUCCUCACCUCMGAGCAGAAAUCCAAAGCACUCAAAGGCCAGUUCAAUUUUGACCACCCAGAUGCCUUUGACAACGAGCUGAUCGUGAAAACGCUCAAAGAGAUCACAGAAGGGAAGACGGUCCAGAUUCCUGUCUAUGACUUUGUCUCCCACUCCAGGAAAGAGGAGACCGUGACCGUGUACCCUGCCGACGUGGUGCUCUUCGAAGGCAUUCUGGCCUUCUACAGCCAGGAGGUGCGGGAUCUCUUCCGCAUGAAGCUCUUCGUGGACACGGACGCAGACACCCGGCUGUCCCGCAGAGUGCUACGAGACAUCAGUGAGCGAGGCAGGGACCUGGAGCAGAUCCUGUCUCAGUACAUCACCUUCGUCAARCCUGCCUUYGAGGAGUUCUGCUUGCCGACCAAGAAAUACGCUGACGUGAUCAUUCCCAGAGGAGCAGAUAAUGAAGUGGCCAUAAACCUGAUAGUGCAGCACAUCCAGGACAUUCUUAACGGAGGACUCAGCAAACGCCAGAGCAACGGGUACCUGAAUGGCUACACUCCCCCGCGCCAGCGGCAGCCCUCAGAGUCCAGCAGCCGGCCCCACUGACCCGGGCAGAGGCCGCCGGGCCCUGCCACGGCCCCUCUGUACAUACUGUCCACUCRUUCCCCCCUUAUCUAUUUAAGAAACCAGACGGAGAUGAAUGCCUUUAAUUUUGUAUGUUCGAAUUGCCGAACGAGAAGCAGCCGGUCGCUCGGGAGCCCGGACCACCCUCAGCUCCCGGCCUCGCUCAAUAACUCCUCCAGCACGGAGCCGGCUAUAAAUCUCUAUAAAUAUAGAAUUGCUCUAUUUUUGUGUAAAUGCAGAAUAACGUAAAAUUACUUGCCGUAAGGUAUUUGCCAGGCUCAGUGUCGCUGGGAGGGACUGGGAAGGGGGUCCUGGGAGAUGUUGGUGUCAGGAUCUUCACCUCAAAGGCGGUAAGGAAGGAAGAGCGUUCAGCAGCKGCUUUAGGAUCACUGUGGUGUCCAUCCCAAGGAAAGGCAGUGGCAGCUUGAGUGUGGCCUGAGUGUUACACCUGGGCUGGGAUUGCCUCCUCCUGCAGUUGCUGUUCAGGUCCGAGCAGCCUGGUCUUGGCUGGCAGGUGGUGCACGAUGCUUCUUGCAGCUGGGAGAAUGAUGUGGAAUAUCUCCCCGACUCUCUGCACCUCCAAUUGUCAGCCUUUCAACAGCACCCCAUUCUGUGCCUGACUCCCCUUCCAUCACAGGCGUGGGGUUGCUGUUACACCCUCCAGUGAGGACCUGUAAGGUGGUGCUGGGUAUGUGGCCAUACCAACAUGGCCUUUUCAGCAGUCUCACUGCCUGGCUUUUGUGGGGGCAGCACCUCUGAAUACCUUCAGCCCCUCUGGAGCUUGGUGGCCAUGUCUGGUAGCACUGCCAGAUGACCCUGGGCUGACCUGAAGGUCAGAGAUGUGUCUCAUGCCUCACUUGGACUGGUUUURCUCKUGUAUGGGGGAUUUUGGGGSUUGUGAGGUAUGGUUAAGGGAGAACCAGCCUCUUCUAAAAGAAAGGGGCAGUGGGUGAUAAAAGGCAGCUGCUGAGCUGCCAUCUGAAGGGCUCGGCAGUGUGUGGUGGCCCCUGGGCUGCCUCACAUCCCCAUGUGGGACAUCCAUAAGUCCCAGCUGGGUACUGUGAAACUGGGWACCCAGCAGUCCUCUGCUCCCCAUUUCCAGAGCAUGCCCUUGCCUGUCCUGUGUCCCUUUCACCAUGUGCUGGUGCAGGACACUGUCCCUGCAGUAUGUUGUCCCAAAGGCUGCCCAGGCAGUGCUCUCCCUCACCCAAGGGUGACAAUUAGUCUCUCCUAACCUGGURGAGCUACAGCAGCCAUGUCCAGAGAGGCCUGGUGGGGUUGURCUGCAGGUUUAGGGAUGGCUGGAGAGGGCUCUGCAAGGUGGGCYAGUUGGGCUGGGGCAGGGGCUUGG